GACAGACACACACUGCAGCCAAACCCUAAUUGUGUGUGCGUGUCUGCAGGUUUUUUUUUUCCCCUUCUGACAUGAAGAAGGAAGGCGAGUGAGUAUUCCUUCACUCUGUGUGCUUGUGAAUGGCAGUCCUGAACGCUUUGAGUGGUUUUGCUUGAAUAAAAAAGUGGAGGUGGAGGAGAACUUGGCUGUGAAAAUAACUGGAGUUUGGUAAGUUUGGAUUCUGGAUUUAUUGAACUUGAGUUAUGGGGAACAAAUGGGAUACUGGCGCUUUUGCACCUGGUACUUAAAUGACUGAAGUAAAAAAGUAAGUCAGGGACAGCCUGUUUUUAUAUUUUAAGUUGGUUUUCUUUAGCUAUUGGAUGGUAAAUUACGGUUACGUGUGUGUGUGUGUGUACAAACAUCCCUCUCCAAGUCUCUAUAAUUACUAUGCUGCCAUGUGUGCAUGUUUUCACCGUACACCGUUACCUUGGAGGCCUAUGAACCCGCAAGGCCUCUCUAUGCUGUACUGGAUUAUUGCCAAGGACCUCGUUGCCAUAGUAACAUAGAAGCAGCUGAGUGUUGUGACACCUGUGCAACACACCUGUUCAGGCUCGGACAAGAGGGUCCACAAGGCUGAGAGUCAGUUAUACGCGCUCCUGAUUUGUUUUGACCCGCAGGAAAUGACAGGACUAGAGAUCAAACACACGAAGCACUUAAAUGGUAAAAAGUCAGGAAAAUAGAUUUUAAACUCGGUUGUGUAAAUUCAGAAAGUAAACUGAGGACGACUUCUGUUAGAGUUACUCAACCCUGUUUUAUUUGUAUUGCACAUUUUAAAAGCUAUUCAUUCUAACAGCAUUAGCAGGAGUCAGCUCAGCAUCCAGUAGAAGUCAUACUGGCAGCCUGUUAAUGACAGAAAUGAAAGAGCUCAUCUGAAUUAUAACUUGAUAAAUGAAUGUGCACUGCGGAUGACAGAACCACAGCACAAGUCUGAACAGCCGUUUUUGCUUUCUUUAAAGAUAAGAACAAGAGCUGAACUUUCCAAACCUUCCUCUGACUCUUUGGCUCUGCAGACAAGCUCCCGCUAUUUUAAGCCUGAAGAAAAGUCAGCCAAUAAAAGCUCCUCACUAUGACAGAUCCUUCACAGUGAGGCCAAAAAAGGUCAAAGAGCGUCUCACACAAACACUGUUUCAGCUGCAGCAGGAGAUGCCAGGGCUGAGAUUAUGCAGACAUUUUCCAGAGACAGAGACAACUGCUCCUGGCGCUCUUUGGCACAGAGAGGAGCGAGCGUGGCUCCGGUUAGAGUCUGAGUUAAUGUCACUAAAUGUCCUUUGACUUUUUACUUUUACUGCUGCUCUGGGGAUUGAACACAGAGACCAAAGAGCUAUAUUCUAAGAUAGAUUACACCUCCGUUUGGCUGUCUGUUGUCAUAAAACUGAAACUGUUGUCACUCUUCACUAUAAGGUUUUGAUUUAUCAAGGUCCAAACAAGCUCAGAGUCAUAAAAAGUUUUGGACAUGCAGCUCAGCAACUAUUCAAAAUCCAUUGUACUGUAACUCUCCUUUAGGUCACAGCUAAUUCAUUUAAAACUGUGUUUGAUUAAUCUUAAUAAAUGUCAAAAUCCUUGACUUAUGUGUAGGUUUUCACAAAGAUGUGUACUCUAGCAGCAGAUAUGUUUGUAAAUGAGGAAAUAAUGUUAUAUUCUAAACCAAACAUCAUUUUUAGACAAUGAUGUGUGUCCCCUUUGGAGAAACUCAUCAUGUCUGUUUUAUAUCAGCCCGUCUGUUCAGCUGCAGUGUCAAUCAAAACAAAUGAGCUAACUUAUUACUGUAAUAUCACGAUGCAAAGCUCCUAGAUCAUGUCUCUGCUUUCAGUCUGAACUGAUUAGACUCUUUCUGCUUACUUCUUUUCUUUCAGCUGCUGUAACAUAUGUGAGGUCACUGUUUAAACUAAUCGGAAACAGAGGAAGAGGGAGGGAGGGAGAGGAAGAAGGAGAGAGAGGGGCCACCAGUUGGUUGUUUUACGGGUUUGGCACAGACCACGUCUCAUCUUAAAAUAAAUAGACAAUUUUACGGCGUCCGCUUCAGCGAGCAUGACUGGGCAUUCAGUCUGUGUCUCUCUAAAAAAACAUGGCGAUGGGUGUAAGUCAACAAACUCGAAUGUUUGCUCCAACUAUGAGAAGUUAAAAUGAGGGAAAAGGCUGCUGUACAAUCUGAAACCAAAUGUGCUCUGACAGCAGAAAGAGCUCUGCAAUGACUCCACUCACAGAUUUUUAAAUACAUAUCCAGAUGCAGAGGAGAGAGGCAGAGAUGGCUGAAGUCUGCAGUGUACUAAAGCGACGCUUUUGGCUGUUAAACUAAACACGCACUGAGGGGGCUCACAAACACUCCAUCCAACUACGCCAUGGCAUGAAAAAAGUCCCACAUGAGCUAAAAAAAAUGACAGAAGUAAUCCUUCUUUGGUGUUUGAAGGAUUACAGAGGUGAAGAGAUGUUGUGAAUUAUUCCCAGAUGGCUGUCGGUUACCAAAAACAACAGAAACACUACUGUAAAGGGGGCAAAGCCAGCUUUUACAGCAAGUGACACAACUCAUACCAGGGCUCAGUCACGACCAACCACAGAGAGAGAGAAAGAAAGGGGCCCUCUCAAGUCUCUAAACACAUCAUAACUCACAACCUUGCGCAAGAGAGUUAGAAAGCACAAUUAGAGGCAUGAUUAAGAGAUUUGGACAUUUACAGAAACUGAUCAAAACUGAAGACUUGAUUGGCUCAGAGUUUUUACAAACGUGGGAUUUUGCUUUGCAGGAUUAGACAUUGCUACCGUAACAAUGAAUUCACAAAGUGGAUUUAAUAGACCUUUAGGAGGCAGGGGCAUCUUGGUUGUUUAGGAAUACACUGAAGCGGUCUUCCGUUUCAUUGUCUUAAAUGAAGGACUGUGAUUAGGUCGGUUUAUCAGCCGAUGUUGGAAAUUAAUUUAAAAUGACUACAGUUCAAGACCCACAAGGCCUUGAACCCAGCUACUGAUGACCUGUUAUGAACGGUAAUCAACAGGUGACUGAAAAUAUGGUUUUGAACAGUGUCUGGCUGUGUUGCAUCUCUUUACCUUUAAAGCAGGAGACUUGACUGAACUUCAUUCUCUUUACUUAAAAGUUAACCACAUUAAAAAAAAAAUCUCUCCUGUCAGCACUUACCACAGAAAUAUGAAUAACACAGAACUCAACUUUAUGUUAGUGCAUUUAAAAAUACAUGAUUUUGAGUAUUUGAGUGGCUUUUAUUCAAAACAGAGACUGGAUUAUUCAGAUUUGAUAAAGUUUGGGUUUAUAAAAGUGAGUUACUUUACAAAAAUUUUCUCUGUUCAGUUCAGACACUUAGGUUCAAGAUAAAUAUUCAAACAUGGACAGCCAAAACAGAGGGGAUGCUUUUCAUUAGUGUAACCUAGCAGGACUGAAGCCUGAUUGGUUUUUGGCAGGCUGGAUGUUUAAAGUUGAGAGCUGAGAUAAACCCUAAAUAAAUCAUUCACCACGUUUGUUUACUUGCAUAAAACAUUUGAUGUGACUUUUUGUAAACAUUAGAGUAGAGAAAUCAAAUAAUGUCAAGUCCGGUAGAUGGUUAUACUCAUACUUACUCAACUAUUGAAGGCUAAAACAUACAGGAUCCAUUGAGCGCAUAACGUCAGUGUUGCUUAUCAAGCAGCAAGUAGGUUGCCAUUCUAAUCAAUGCAGCAUCGCACACAGGAGGCAUAUCAGCUCCGUAUCAGAAGCGUAUCAAGCGUGGCUCUGUUAAAGAUACACGCCAAGUCUAUUUUGCUGGUCUCUGCUUCCAAUACACAUCAUUCUACACAGAGAAGACCGUUCUAGACAGGAAGUCAAGCACGAAAACCACGUAUGUUAUCCAGUAAAUUGUAGUAAAUUGUAUCCAGUAAACUGAUACUGUGUAUCAGUUCGUGUAGAUGAGAAACACUUCCUGGUUAUGGAUUUAUCAGUAACACAGAACAAUCCGAGGGUCAAUCCCUGUUCCAUGUCCAUGUGGACAGGACUUUUAACUGCUUACUCUGUCUGAAAGUAACAGCACAGCAUAAAGGAACAUAGUUCAUUUUAUUAAACACGAGUAAACCUGCAAAAACUGAAACAAAAUCACAUAUAGUAGAGGCUCAACAGUCACUGAAUUAUAUUCAAAUUGGCAGGAAAUAGACCACAGAAAGGAAAAACAACCAGUUGUGAGCAUUACACAUGUUGUUUCCUCUAUACUGAGCCCAGCUAACUGGGGCUGCACUACGCUGCUGCUUCGCUCCGAAUAUGCAUCCUUGUUCUUAUCUUUGAAAAAAAAAAGGAAAAUCAGUAUUUUUGGGGGGCAAUUUUUGCCUUUUAUUGAUAGGACAGGGUGAAAUGUGGGGAGAAAGAGAGAGGGGGCAGGACAUGCAGCACAUGAUCGGGGCUGGACCGUGGUCCUCAUACACGGGGUACGCUAACCUGCUUGGCCAUCUGCACGCCCCCUCCAAAUAUGCACCCUGUAUGCGAUAGACAGCACUGCUGAUGCUGGCGGAACACUUAAUACAGAUUCUACAUGUUUUUGGCUUUGCAGCAGAUUUUUUCUUUAGCUGAACAUUUAAAGAGGUAAUAUCAUAAAAUAUGUCAGUGACAUGUUAGACAAGUACAAACACUGGCUGAUAAUACAUCUACAGGUAUGACUUGAUCAGUGCUAAAGUAUGCAGUGUGACAUUCAGAGCGUCACAUUUUGAUAUUCAUGAUUAAACAGAAUCCAUCUCUACAUGGCUGGGAGGUGCAGAGUGACGCAGAUGGUGACAGCUGUGUGAAAUGUAUACAAUAAACUUGUAAAGGUCAUGAGACAGGUUUAGGUCCCCAUUAUGCAGUUUAGCCUUUCAAUCCACCAGAGCAAUUUUCUUUUGGCAUUAUAACUCUGUUCAUUGUCUGUUUGAUUUGAAUAGAGCAGUUUAAUACACGGAGAGAGGCACAAAGUACCCUGGGAGAGCUUCAGAUGACGCUUUCAGCUGUGCUAAUGUACCCAUCCAGCAGCUUGUGCUUGUCUCCAGUCACAGCUAAAUCUUAUUAAUAUUAAAGUGUUUAUCUAGGAUGAUAACAAAGAGAGUUUUGACUUAAAAAGGUACUGAUGGAUGAGUAAAAGUCCCCACUUUCUAUCGCCCUCAGUGCACCAAAGUUCUGCGAAGAUAAUGAUUUUUUUAGAGGUUUUUGAACAUGACUUUUAUUCUUUUUUUUAUCUUGACUUUUGUGUCAGUUUCCACUACAGACAUCAGAUAUUCAAUUAUAGUCAAAUAAUCAGAUAUUAAAAUGAUUAAUUAUAGUUUUACUUUAGUCUUGUUAAUGAGGACACUCCAGGUGUUUGAAAAAAAAGUAACUGAAGAGCUUUCAAAACUUGUAUUUUGCAAACCAUCAGACAGCAGACAUGACGUGGACUAACAGAACUUUACAAAACCCUGAGGUCAGAUUUGGCAACCCCAAAUAUUCAAACUUUGUGUUGUGGGCUUCAGAAGUGAUAAAAGUCAGCAUAAACAGACGACUGAAUUUUUGCAGACAUGCACACAAGAGCUGACUGACUGCCCUCUCUGUCUUUUAAAUAAGAAGCUACUGUAGCACAAGUGUAAAAACAAGGAAAUGCGGUUGGUUGAUGAAUUUGUCUCAGACUUCUUCUUGUCUGGCAGCAGUAAAUGUCGAGCUGCAGAGCUGGUGGGAAAAUUUUUGUUUCAUUGGACCAAGCCAGGCUCCCUCUUUCCAGUCUUUAUGUUAAGCUAAUUUAAUCCACAGCAGCUGUGGCCUAAAUUUCACUGAAGAGCCAUGAGAGUAGUAUCAGUCUUUUCAUUUUACCUUCAGCCAGAAAACAAUGUCAGACAAGCUUUUUCGACAAACUCCCUGAUGCUUUCCACAACCACUGACCUUCACUUUCCUUCAGGUUACCAUGGGACGUUGUUGGAUGCCCUUCAUCCUGAUCUUGGUUACUAUAGCAACUCCAACGCUCUGUCAGAGUGGAGACUGGGGUUCAGGCUUUGACAUCUUCUCUGAGACUCUGACCAAUGACACGUCACAGGCAGCAGGUGAUGAGCCCGAGAGGACAAAAGACUUGAUCACAUCAGCAGCUUUCCCACCGUCACCCUCACCUUCGCUGCAGUAUGAGCAUCAACCAGACAAAUGUUCCGUGUUCUUCAAUACUGACCCUGCUGUGGCCCGCAGGCUGAAGGCACAGAGAGAAGAGCUGGCCUAUCUGCAAGCCAUCCAGCAUGGAAACAAGGCAGUUAUGGAGAAUCUGGAGCAGUUUGUGGGGGCUGAGCUGGGAGAUCAGAGCUAUGAGGAUGUGAUAAAGGAGAAUAUCAUCGGCAUACAAGAGGACCAGAAGAGCUGCCACGAGGUGGUAGAGAAAGCUGAGGAGGACAUGGAGAAGCAGCUGGAAGGGGUAGCAUCAGGUGCCCUAACAGGGAUGCAAAAGUGAGUGAAAUAACCUCUUUUUUAAGAAGUCAGGGAGAUAAUGCUUGUGCUCUGUUUCAACGGGGUAGAAUAUUGAUGAAAAUUGGUUUGCAGCUCCAAAAAAGAUGAGAGGCCUGUAAACAACUGUCAGGUACCUAAGAUAACAUUUCCUUAUCUAGCUUCACCAUGCCCUGGAUUAAUUGCACUUGUCAGCCAUGUUUGUUAUCUUUCACUCGGCCCGUUCACUUAGCUCUCAAAGUGGCGAUUCAGCACGUUGAGAGCAGAAAAUCCAUAAUCUGCUGUAAAUCCAAAUGCAACGUUAGAGCUUGUGCUUCUCCUGGUAACUCAUUAAUUGAACAUUUACACUUCCUAAAUGUUCUUUUAACUAUUUCCAUUCACUUCUGUAACUUAGGAUCUAUUGGAAGUAUCUUAUAGAGGUACAUCCGUUCAACUUCACCCAUGUUAAGCUGCCCUUUCCAAGUCCCAUCUUCUGGACCAAAAUACUGCCAAAGCACACCACGCUAAGUAAUGUCAUUUGUCAUCUGUGCUUGUGCACGUCUGGGCCGGCAGUAACCAUUAACCCAAGCUGACAAAGUGCAGUCAUUCAGUCAGACUCAGACUGAAAGCGCGCAUCCCCACUAUUGAUACCACCUCUCUUUACAUAUCCCAUGGCAAAGAUUCAGGAUGAGUGAUACAUUUGGCCCUGAUGAGUAAGUAUCUGUGAAAAGACACUUACUAUACACAAGACAAAACUUGCAAAGGUAACUUUGUCCUUACCAAGAUCACCACAAACUAUAAAUUCCUCCCUUUAGUUUUAGAAAGAACAAAAAAAGCAUUGAGGAAAGCAGAGAGGGACAUCACUAAGCUUAUACAUGCACAUUAAGUACAAGCUUUUGUGUCACAAUCAGUCUCUGUUCUGGGAUCAUUCAGUAAAAAGCACAAUCUGAAAUUGAAUUGUGAGCAAUGUUGCCAGAUAGGAAAUACAAAAUAAUCGUAUCAGAGACUUAAAAUAAUCGUAUUUUUUGGGAAAAUUAUCGUACACCCGUCAUAAUCAAAAUAACAGUCUUACUGUUCCAUGAUAGUCAAACAUAGUCAGUCUGUUUAGUGUCCUACAGGCACUCACGAUUUUGUGGCUACAGUUUUGGGGUCAUUCACCGCCCUGCCCCACAUCAGCAGCUCCAACUUAGCUGUGUUACACUAAUGCGUCCCCUUUUAAACAAAUGACAGGUGGGAACUAAUGAGCCAAAUCAUGAGACCUUGAGGCCAACUACCUUUUUGAAAGAGUGUUCAUAAUAACUGACAAGGAAAUAAAGAGUAUUCUGACUUCACUUAGUGAAAUUUAUUUUAGCCACAAAAAUAAAAUUGACCUCACAUGAGGACUGGGCCCCUGUUCAUCACCGUCCUCUUCAGCGGUGCUCAUUUUUCUCAACUGACCUCCCAACGGGCAGUGUGCCGUGAAACAGGUGUUGAAUCAAGAACAACGAGUAUGAUUGACAGCCAAUCGCACUUGUUGUUCUAAGACAAACGUCACUCAAACUAUGAUUGGAUGGAAACAUGUGGUAAAAGAUGCCUUUAGGGUAUGCAAAAAAAAACUGAUAAAUAAAGUGUGGCGGAGUGAGACAGUCCCAUUGCACCACGCAUUCAUGAAACUGUCAAAUUAUCGUACAUUUAGCCUUUUUUUUUCUGGGUUAUUGAUCAUACAUCGUACAGAGGGCAAAAUUAUUGUGCAAAUAUGAUGAUUAUCGUACAUCUAACAACCCUGAUUGUGAGACAAAGAUUAAGAGUUUUUAACAAUUGAUGGUCAGGUGUUGCUUUUAUGUCAGAUCUGAAUAUAAGCUUCUCCCUCUCAGAGCAGAUGGCAGACAUACGAUGGUGUACACUCGAAGAGAAGUAAACAGUAAUAGAGCAGAGAAGUCAGGGUUAGGCCUAAAGUUACUUCACUGACCUCAAAUCAAGCCUGUGGGAUAUAAGAUGAGAUGAGUUACAGAAUUUUAUCCUUCAGUGGUGAAAUAAGACUGUUUUACAGUUUCUACAUGUAUCUGCAUUCAGCCACACCCGGAGCCAAAUAAAUCUGGGUGUUGCUGAGCUUUGACUUCAUAGACAUAGAGCGUAAGAAUAGCCAUUAUACCGAGACCUCCAUCCACAGGAUAUCAUUUUUCAAAAAAUCAUGUUUUACAUAACCUUUUUUUUUUAAAACGAGUACAAAUUCAGACUUUCUCUUGUAUUUUGUCCUCAUAUUGUGAGAAAAAUGAAACAGUGAUUUUUCCUGCUUUGCUUCAUAUUUUUGUCUUCACUGACACAAAGUUUGAUGCAGUAUUUCACAAUGCACAUAUAAAUCAAGGGAAAAUAAGCAAACAUAUGACCCUCCAGAUUGUGGUUCUGCUUGGAAAGUCUAAACUGGUUUCAGGGUUUCUGUUUAGUUCUCUUUGUACAAACAAAUGUGUGGUCAAAGUUUAGAGAAACAGAAAAAUUACAGUCCUCACUAUGGUUGUAAAUCAUCUCUUUUGAUGUCUGUCAUGCCUCUUUGUUUGUAAUUUUUUAUAACUGUAUAUAAUUCAGUCCUCCACAAGUUUUCCAUCACAUAACAGGCUUUAACAGCAACCAUGUGCACCCUCCACCCUCCCUCGUACAAUGUGAUAAACAUUGUCAUCUCCUUUUUCACUCACUUGCAUUUCUCUCCACAUCUGCUGCUGGUUUCUCCUGCCCCGCCCUCCACUUGGUCUGACCUGGGCUGUUGGUGUUUCUGGUCCAGAAUCCGAGAAGAGUCUUUGGCCUUUGAAGACAUGCUCCAUGCUGCAGCAGAGAUCGCUAAAAGGCUGGAGGUCUCGUCACAGUCCCUGCAUGCAGCGUUCGCCAAGCAGCUGAAAGACAUCGCAAAAAUACACCGUUAAAGAAGAGUUUAAGGGACUUAUUACGUGUCAGUUGUGGGGUGAUGUUUGAUAUCCUGAAACAUAAACUCCCAAAGUUUUUAAAUUAAUUCUUUCAAGAAUUAAAAUGCAGCUAUGUGCUAAAGUGAACAGUAAAAUCAGCUUUGCAUGGUUUGCAUGGUUUGAGGUAACAAGAAUAUCCAUUAUGUGAAAUAUGAGACACACAGCACAAAAGAAAGAGCCGUUAUAAAAAGGAGGAGUAUGUUCCCUCUCACCGCAGUAAUAACCCAGUAACCCAUAAAAUAUUAUUUUUCCAGGCAUUAUUUCAGGAACUCGGCGAGGUCAAAUGGGGAAACAGUUUGCGGAGCAGGUUUUAAGCCAAGUUGAGAGUUUAUGGAUCAACUUGAUUGGCCUUCUGAGAGCGUACAUAAUGACUCUGUUAGUCUCCUCCAGAAGACCAUCUGGUUCCGGGGUGAGGAUGGGGGCCGGGAUACGCUUUGGAUAAAUGAAGUUGCUGUUUUUACUAAAAAGAAACAAACUUGGACAGAAAUGUUUGAAGUCUUUUGGAGAAACCUUGUAAUAAAAUCCCAAAUUGGAAAUUCAAUGCAUGAAAAGUGAGACAGCAGUAGGAGUGAGUAGUUUUCACACUGUGCUGAUACUAUGCUGAUACUCCCCUUGGAUAAAAUCUGGAGUGCUUUUUCCGAGUUGAAGAUUGUAUAACAAGUUUGAAAUUGACUUUAAUAGUCAGAUAAUAAAAAUAAAUAUAUUAUAACAUAUUUUUAAAAGUUGCUAAAAUGUUUAGUGCAUAGGAGUGGAAGUGUUAAGUGAUGUCCAGUGGUUAGAUUCUAGGCUGAAACACUGCCCUGUUUACCCCUCCUAUCAGUGAAUUAUCAGUGACCUUUGAAAACAACACUAAUUCAAGCAUACAAAUAUUAAAUUCAAUCGCAACAUAGUCUCUUCUGCUUUAUGAAACCAGAUAAUUUACAAUCUACCUUCAAGAUAACUUUUCAGCCUUCUAAUUGCCUCCUUUGUCAAUCCAAAGUUCAGAUCCCACAAAGUGUUCAUUGAAAAAAGAUCCAAAAACAGACUUCUUUUACUCAAGAAUCUCAACCCCAAAAAGUGUUAUUAUUAAGCUUUAAAAAAACAUCCAAGAUAGAUAUCCAAGUAUGAAGUGUGAAAACCUUUUUCAGCCCUUGUAAAUUACAAAAUGCUGGAUAAUGACUGUAUACAAUGUAUGAUAUAAAGCGUUUUAUAAAGUAAAACAAUAAAUAAAUCUUUUGAUAUAUUCCU